AUGGAGAAUGCAAUGGGAAACGAUAAAGUCCUUUUGGCUACUUACACCCUAAAGGAUGAAGCCCGGAGAUGGUGGCUGUUGGUUCAAAAUAACAAUGGGGACAUGACAUGGGCACAAUUCAAUGAGAUAUUCUACAACAAGUACUUUCCCCAAUGCUUCAGGGACCGAAAAGUUUCUGAAUUUCAAGAACUCAAACAAGGCAGAAUGUCUGUGGCCGAAUAUGAAGCUAAGUUUACUGAAUUAGCUCGUUUUGCUCCACACAUGGUAGACACUGAUUACAAGAAACCGCGAAAGUUUGAGGGAGGAUUGGACCUGGAAGUAUUUGAUCGAGUAGGUGUCUUAAAAUUGCCUACUUAUGUAGAAAUGCUCGAUAGGGCAUUGAUGGCCGAAGCUAUAAUAGCAGUUAAGAAACAAACUACAACUCCAACAACUGAAUGGAAAGAAAAACGGGCUGGAUUUAAUUUCACGGAGGGCCGAUCAUUUUCGAAGAAGCAAAAUACAGGAUCUUCCAGUAGCUCUAGUCAAAGUAGCAGAUCUAUUCCAAACUGCCCCGACCGCAGGAGGAAGCACAAAGGUGCAUGUUACCGUGCAUCAGGUGCGUGUUUUCGAUGUGGCAAGACUGGCCACAUGGUUAGGAAUUGCCCGAUGAGAUUCGAUGAGGUUAGCUGUCCUGUGGCAAGUUCAGCCGGGUCUGUUUCUGCAGCAAGAUCAAAUGUAAGAACCAAUGCUAGAGGUGACACUAACCAUAAAACAUUGAGGCAAUGGAGAGUGUUCGCACUAGUACCUGGAGAUGCACAGAACACUGAGUCUGUGGUGUCAGAUUCUGGUUCUACACACUCGUUUGUGUCGCAUGCCUUUUUUCGAAAACUAACUAAACCUUUAGAAACCAUGAAUUAUUCUUUGUCUGUAUCUACGCCAUCUGGGGGUUCUAUGGUAUGUGCAUAUGUAUAUCCGGCAUGUGAUGUUUUGAUUGAUGGUAUGACGUUAUACAUUGAUUUGCUGCCUUUAAGUAUUGACCACUUUCAUUGCAUCUUGGGUAUGGAGUGGUUGACUAAAUACUAUGCUACUAUUGACUGUGCAAGUAAAUCUAUUGUGUUUAGAUCAUCGGGUAUGCCUGAAUUUAUUUUUACUGGAACUGGGGUAGUUCCUGCCCCAUACUUGAUUUCGGCCAUGAAAGCUGUUAAAUUGUUUAGGAAUGGAUGUAGGGGCUACUUCUGUUGUAUACUGACUACAUCAUCUGAUAGUACUAAUGUGGAAACUAUUCUUGUUGCUUAUGAAUUUCCUAACGUGUUUCCGAAUGACUUGCCUGGAGAUUUAGUUGAUAGAGAAAUUGAAUUCACCAUUGAAUUCUGUGGGCAAGUAAUGCUUCAACAUGUCAUCACAUCAGUGAACAAUGAUGCUGUAGAACCCUCCAUGAUAACUCUUGCUUCAAAACCACAUCAACAAUCUGUCCCAAUAGAACCGAAAGAAAAGAAAGAACUGUUUCCAUCAACUGUUGGUACAAAUGUUGCUUCUGAUAUUUCAGCUGCUGCUGUUUAUACAAAUUAUGCCUCUCAUAUUUCUGCUGAAACAAGUGUAUCCUCUACAAAAUCUCUCUAG